AUGAUUAUGAAGGCAGAUUUAAAGUGUGAUAGGAAGAAAACGUUGAAUUCAAGAGAUGAAGAAGAACAACAUCUGUAUCCGUCUGAUGUAAUUACUGAAGCUGACAUUCAACAUUUUCGACGUGUCGCAUUUAUUGCUGUUGCUUUAAGUACUGUAACAAUGCUAUGUUGUAUUAUUUUUAUGCCAGUAUCUUAUCAGUAUGUUCAAAAAGUGCAAAGUUCAAUAUUAAAUGAUAUGGAAUUUUGUAAAAGUCGUAAUAGAGAUUUAUGGACAACAAUUCGAAGUGUGCAAAAUGAAAAAGAAUAUAAUAGUGGAAUUCGGUUUAUCCGUAGCACAAAAUCGGAAAAUAAGAAUACCCAAUGGCUUUUUGAACAUGAAAACAGGUAG